UCGAAGAAGUAACUGCGCGUUCCCGCAGAUUCACGGCGCUCUUUUCGACAAGAAACACUAACCCAUUCGAGAUAAAACACGUUUUUUUAGUACUUUGACAACAAAAUGCAGCACCAUUUAGAGAAGAAGGAAUUAUAUUUGGCGGGCUCUGUUUCCAGGAUGCUUUGGCAGCUGAAAAAUAAGUUCCGGUGGUGAAAUGUCUUGGGUUUUUUUUCUGUCAGGAAGUUGGAAGUAAUCGCUCUGGAAAUGCUUUUGAGCUUUGUUUUGGACGGCAGAAGUUAUGGCGAUCUAGUCGCACCGUGCUAUAGUUUGUUGUUAAAAGAUAAAAGUUUGUUGUCGUUUAAUUGAAUCAGUUCUCUGAAGAAGAGUUUUGACCCUACUCGGCUUCUCUCCUUUUUUUUUGUGCGUGUUCUCCAAAAUGGAUUCCAUUAAUGUUAUUAAGUGAACGGGACACCUUAUUUGGGCACCUCCAGAUGUUUAAGCCGAACAUAUUUUGCGUGUUUUCCCAACAUGUCACCCUCCGCAGCUCUUUCAAAAGAACACUUCCUGCCUAAACCCCCGACGUGACUGUUUUUUUUUUUUUUUUUUUUUUUCUUCUUACCUGGGAACUGUCGAUCAUCAUUUUGUGUUUUUGUGAGACCCCUGGACCCUCUUGUGGGCAACAACAUGGCGCCCGGCACGCAUGCGCUCUGCCUGGCUGCGCGCGCCCGCUGAAGGAGGAGGAUGCGCGCGCACCAAGAGGACCAUACCUGUCACCGCGGGCGGAGGAAGGACAUACGUCUGACCAAUCAGUUGUCCCGGCAGGGUUCUGAAGCUUUGAAGACCACGCCAGCAUCGCCACAAUGAAUGAACGACAGGCCCUCCACUCCAUCAUGAAGGACCUGGUGGCCCUGCAGAUGACGCGCCGCCAACCCGUCCUGCCUUAUGACGGCGGCGGUAAACUCAAGAUACCUGCACAGGCUAAUAAACAGGAGGACAUCAGGAUCAAAUUUGAAUUCUCAGGCGAGAAGCGAAUCCUUACAUUUGGCCGACCCAUACAGUUUGAUGACGUCCAACACAAAGUCAAGCUGGUGUUUGGCCAGCAACUGGACCUCCAUUAUAUGAGCAACGAGCAGUUGUCCAUCCCGCUGCGAGGCCAGGAUGACCUGGACAAGGCCGUGGACCUGCUGGACCGAAGCCCCAACAUGAAGAGCAUCCGGAUUCUGCUGCUCGCGCAGGAACACAAUAAUGCCCCCUCGCCAUCCCAGCACAUGCCAUGCAAGCAGGUUCGAAUCAAGGCCUCGCAGUCCACUGGAGACGUCAGCGCCGUGUAUCUGGCGUCGGAGCCUAGGGGGCGCCACAUGUCCACCGGUUCUCAGAACGUGGGCCGCAGCUCGCCACCUCCCGGCUAUGUGCCAGAACGCCAGCAGAGGAUCGCCCGCCAAGGUUCCUACACCAGUGUCAACAGCGAGGGCGAAUUCAUCCCGGAGACCAGUGACCAGUGUAUUCUGGAUACCUGGAGCAGUGCUGAGAACUCAGUGUCUGGAAGUUGUCAAUCUCUGGACAGUAACUCAGACAGCCCCUCCCUGAGGAAGUCCCGCAUGCACCGAGCCAAGAGCUACCCCGAUAACAGACAAGAGUUCUCAGACCGGGAGAACCACGCCUACGAUCGCAUCGUCGGAAAGGGAGGCACAUACCCUCGCCGUUAUCACAUCUCGCUGCAUCACAAGGACCUCAGUGAAGGGCGGCGCACCUUUCCGCGUAUCCGCCGCCCGCAGGGGAACCUCUUCACCCUGGUGCCUUCGCGUCGCUCUCGCAGCGGCAGCGAAGAAAGCGUGGGCAGCUGGCAGCUGGUGGACAGCCAGGGCAGGCUGCGACCACAGGAACGCCCCGUCGCCCAUAAAUCGCCCAGUGCCCCGGUGACAUGGCGGAGAGGCAAGCUCCUGGGCCAGGGGGCGUUUGGGCGGGUGUACCUGUGCUACGAUGUGGACACGGGACGGGAGCUGGCGGCCAAGCAGGUGCAGUUUGAUCCUGACAGUCCAGAGACCAGCAAGGAAGUCAGCGCGCUGGAGUGCGAGAUCCAGCUGCUGAAGAACCUUCGCCACGAGCGCAUUGUGCAGUAUUACGGCUGCCUGAGGGACCGCAACGAGAGGACCCUCACCAUCUUCAUGGAGUACAUGCCUGGGGGUUCAGUCAAAGACCAGCUAAAGGCUUAUGGCGCGCUAACGGAGAAUGUGACCCGGAAGUACACCCGUCAGAUCCUGGAGGGAAUGUCCUACCUUCACAGCAACAUGAUUGUGCACAGGGAUAUCAAGGGGGCCAACAUUCUGCGGGACUCGGAGGGCAACGUCAAGCUGGGCGACUUCGGGGCCAGCAAGCGUCUGCAGACCAUCUGCAUGUCGGGAGCCGGCAUACGCUCUGUGACCGGCACCCCCUACUGGAUGAGCCCGGAAGUCAUCAGCGGGGAAGGCUACGGCAGGAAGGCCGACAUCUGGAGUCUGGGCUGUACUGUGGUGGAGAUGCUGACGGAGAAACCGCCGUGGGCCGAGUACGAGGCCAUGGCGGCCAUCUUCAAGAUCGCCACGCAGCCCACCAAGCCCCUGCUGCCGCCGCACACCUCUGAGCAGGCCCACGACUUCGUCCGCCGCAUCUUCGUGGAGGCCGAGCUGCGCCCCGGCGCGGAGGAGCUGCUCAGGCACCCCUUCUCGGACAGCUAAGCUAAAAAUAUGUAGCCCAUAAAGGUGGGGUGUCGAAAUCCAAAUACUGUAGCUGGUUCUUCUUUUGAAUUUGAAGACAUAUUCGUAGGAGCCUUCACGAGUUGACGCAGGGUGAUGAUGUCAUCAUGGUCGCCCUUAAAAUUCAAAGUAAAGUGCACUGUAUGGACAAAGGUAUUGAGACACUUGGCCAUUAGUCUGGGGAGGUUUUCAAAUUAAUAUUUCAACCCCGGUUUAAGCUUUUCAAUGUUUUCAAGCAUUUUCAAGGAUUUUUCUAUGAUAGCGCAAAUGCGUGGUGUGUCCCAAAACUUUUGUCCACGUAGUUGUUCGCAUAUACUUGUAAGCUAUUUUUUAAAUUGUUUUGUAUUACAGGAAGAAACGCAAGUUGUUGAAUGGCUGUCAGAAAGCGUGUAGUCGAGCAAUCACGCGCUAUUGAUCGGCCCUUGAUUGAUUGAUUGUAUCAGGGGCAUGUCGAGUGUUGGGAAAGGAAUUUUGCAGGAGGUUGUUUUUGAGCCAUGUCACCAGGAAGUGACUUGUUGUUGCCUUUGCUGUUGUUGUUGUUGGCGCCAAAUCCACUCGCCAGCCGCCUAAAUGAGAGGUCAAGUUUUUGUGGGGGUUUUAUAGAAGUGUUAAAAAGCAGCAAAAAGCUCAACAACAAAGCUUUAACGAUCAAUUGUAAAUCUAAUUAGAUGCACUUUUCAAAAUGAAUGUUAAAAAUUAGAUUUGUAUUUACGUCAAAUGUGAUUUUUUUUUUUUUUUCAAAAUGUGAUUUUUAAAAAAUUAUUUAUGCCCCUGUGCCAGUUUACUUUGAUUUUUAUAUUAGUUAUUUUUUUUUGUUGUAUUUUAGUUGAUGUUAUGACAAAGAAUGAGUUGAAAGCAGCUGGUUUUGCAGACGUGCCCCUGACCCACCCCUCCAAAAAAAAAAAUCCUGUUUCUUCGCAGGAAAGCAACUCUGGCUGGCCGAGUUCUGUUUUGGGGCACGACCAAAAUAUUACUUCUGCAGUGAAAUGACAAUCGGAUGACAUUGUCAAAAAAUCGACAUUUUAAUGUUGUUUUCUUGCUUUUCAGAUAUAAAUCAAGAGCAUGUGAAGCUUUGUUGGUUGAGCCAAAUGACGACUUUGUUCACCUUGGGCCGGGUCCGUGCGGUGGCCACAACAUUAGGUACACCUGCGCCAUAAGAUCCUUUUUUUUUUUUCAGUUUUUUUUUAACAAUAUAUCAAUUACCCCAACAACAACAAAAGAGUAUGGAAAAUAUUUAUACUUUUUUUCUAUUAUUUAUAGAAAUGAAAUUUAAAAAGUAUGGCAUAAAAAUGUCUUGUUAUUGAUAGCAAGUCCUAGUGUUUUCUUUCACCUUUUUAGCAAAUUAUCAAAAUACAAUAAAAUAAUUUACUUUUGCAGCGGUGUCUUGAGUUACAAGUUUAAUUCAGGGUGCAUAUCAGAGGCAAAAUAGCCCUAGAGUAUUGUACCUUAUAAAAAGAAAGUAAUGACAUAAUCAUAUAUAAUAUAAAGAAUUAAACAUUCUUCUCACUGUUUUUGCUUCACUUCAAUCGGCAAUUGAUGUGUGUGCACCUCAGCCACCUGGGGGCAGUAUAAUCGAGAAAUACAGUAUACUACAUGGAGACGUCACAACGCCUCAGCAGUAGUACUAGUCAUUCUCUGCAGAGGAUAAAAAAUAUGUCCGUUUAUUGUUACAGCAUAUUAUCUGCCUACAUUGUGUUCAAAUAGCUGCUUUAAGGGUUAUAACACUGCCACAUAGAUGCUAAUGGUUGGCCCCUCCAGCUAUGGCAUUUCCCAUUAAGUAAGUAAGUUUCUUUCGGCUUGUCCCUUUCGGAGUCGCCACGGCGUGUCAUCUCAGAUGAACGCACAUAUAUGUUUGGCACAAUUUUUACGCCGGAUGCCCUUCCUGACGCAACCCGUCUCGGGGAGUGGAGGCCGCAGUGGGAUACGACCAAACCUAGCUUGUUUUAGGCUCAAGAGUGAAGAAGUGCUCACUAAUUCUAUCCGCCCAACUGCCACUUGUUGUGAAGGAAGUUGAGUUUGCCGCCAAUAUAGAGCGCUGACAUCUCACAAUUGCGCUCUCAAGUCAAAGCCGAAAUUCGUCUCGAUGGCCCGCUCGUACCUCCAGAAGUUACUCGUAUCUCAAGGCCCAACUUGUUUUUUUUUUGUCUGCAGGUGUACCUAAAGUUGUGACUAAUGAUUGAAUGUGGAAUCUUCAUGCUAAUGCUAAAAAAAAAAAAAUCCUUGGGUUGAACAAUGAGCAUGAGCUAGUUUAGAUGUUUCUAUAUUAUCACGCAUGUUUAUGUUUACCCUUAUUGUACCGUGACGGGACUUGCAGUGCAAAGUCAAAAUUAUAUUUUGCAGAAAGCAGAGUUGAAUGACUUUCAUGUCUUUUUAUGUAUACAAAGUGCCUUCUAUAAAUAAAUAAUUUUGGGAAAUGUCCUGUCGA